GCUUGAAGUACUAAAAUUUCACUGGACACCACAAAAGGUGUGCCAGUACACAAACAACAGUGGAGCGCUGAGUGCAUUUCGGUGACUAGUUGGCGGUGUAGGUACAAUGGUGGCGCAGGUAGCAGCACCGCAGGUCAGCACUGUCGACACGGCACCAGACCUUGUCCCCCAAGUCACAGGACGGGGGGAGGGAGAGAGCAGGCGUGUGGCCUCACCACCACGGUAGUUAGCGAUGCCCGCACACUGCGGAGGGGCAGCAGGCCGGCCACAGCCCUUCCCCCUCCACCACCACCCCGCCCCGCCGUGUGCGUCGCCACUGCAAACUCAUUGUGCGAUGCGUGCGUGCGUGUGAGUGUGCGCGCGCGGGAGGCCUGGCGAGGGCGGAGCGGAGAAGGUGUGCGUGUGUGGGAGGGAGGGGAGGGAAGCACGCUGUGCCGUGCUGUGCUGCGGGCGCUGUGCGUAACGUCAGUCGGUCCCCUCGCUCCCUCGCCGCACGUAGGUGACGCACGUUCCUCCGAAAAAUCAGCGCUGUCGCCUAGGCUCUUGAUCCCCCAGCCUCACCUUGCUGCGCGCACAGGAUCGUACGUCUGAGCCCCGCACUCCUGGCCACCGAGUGUCUCGGGAGAACGCAGCGCCGCCUACAAGUUUCGCUUGUGUCCAGGAUAGUGGGGCGACAACUCGUCCACGCUAAACAACAAACGCAAAAAAAGGAAACAAAGGGCUUUGUUUGUGUACAGUUGGCAAGGCCCUGGGGAAGAUGAGAGGAGGGUGUGCUCGGAACAUACUGUGUCCAGCUGACAGGAGAAUGGAUACGCACUUGACCUGAUGUGUGGCCACUCCUCGUCCCCCGUGUACAGUCCAGCCUGCCAUGGAUGCAACCAAUCCCUCAGGCAGCCAACGGGAGUUCACAGACGUUAAGAGAAGAAGAAGCGACACCCACCACUACCGCCACUGACCACGCCAUCCAGCACCAGCAUCAUCAACAGCGUGCGAGCGAGAUGGGCUGGACGCUCGGCUACUUGUUCUACGUGGGCAUCAUCCUGCCCACAGUCGUCACACUGGUUCUCUUCGUGCUGUUCGUGCUGUGCUGGCGACGCCAGAGUGCCCGCAAGGAGAUACUGACCAAGCCCUACGAUCCUCACGGCGCCAUGCGCCGCCUAGGCAUGACCAGCCAGCCCCCGCCUCCCCCAGUGUUUGUGAGGACCAGCGCCUCGGCCACGGAGAGCCUGGGCGGCGAAGACAACGGAGGGUACGACAUGAGCCGCAGUCCCUCCACGGAGACGGAGGCCACCAACGUCCGCAGCGCCACCUUCCACAGCCGUCUGGACAGCGGUCUGUCGGAGCCGUCCUGCGACCUGCUGUGCAUCGGCGGGGACGUGGGCGUCGGCCUGGUGCACUCUCAGCGCGACCGGCCGCAGUCGCAAGCUUCACAUUCCUCCACCACGGACUCGGAGGACUCGGGAUUCAGGAGUUCGCGGUCUGGACCGUACCCUCCGAACGGACAUCUUAGUCAGCACGAGAUGCCGCUGCUGAAGCCUACGCGGGUCAACAGCAUCAGCAUCAGCACCAAAGGCAAGAUGGGCUACCAUAGACCCGUGGGCACGCCGUCACCCGACAGAGCCACGCCACCCGCCUUGCAGCUGUCACCUACAGCGUGGCCGCACAACUACCACCAGCUCUCCGACCCCGCCACCGUCAGGGGCGCCGCGCUCGACCUCAACGACAUCGGCGCCAACCUGGGCUGGAAGUACCUUCAAGAGCUGUCCUCCCCUCCCGUGCCCAAGUCCGCCCCCAGCCCCGUUAGUGCCGGCCCGCACAGACAGCUGCUGACGUGUCAUCAAACGAUGACGUCAGCGCAGGUGCAUCAGGCUCAGCUGGAGCCGGACAAUCGUGACGUCUUUGGCUUCUCCAUCGUGUGACGUGCGGGUCAGCGGGUGGUACGGGCUUUUCGCAAGCGCAGACAACCAACAAGCACACACGUGUGCGAACAUGCCAAUUCUUCAACAGCCAAGCGUGCAGUUACAAACUAUAACCACCUCCUGUCGGUAAAAACUGGCGUUUGAUGUCACGGGCAGACUGAAUGCGGUUCAAAGAUUGACGCACGCUGAGUUGGGUUUAUUUUAAAGGAGCAUAAGUAAACUUUUCUGAAAGACAGGACAGUUAUGUUAUUUUCGAUAUCAAAAAGGUAUUUCGAAAAAUUCCGCUGUUCAUCAAAAAUUGGAAUUCUUUGCUGUUAUCGGACAUUUUUUAGUGAUAAAGAUGACGUCACAUCACCAGUGCCGUAUCAUCUCGCGUGAUCUCGUGUCCUUCAGCCGGAUUACAUUCCUCGCAAGGACUUUUGGUUCUAUCCGCCUGCUCCGCAGGACACCUGUUAGAUAAAAGCAGCUUUUUAAAGAUAUUUUCUGUGCAAUGUCGAUUGUUAAGAGGGGUUGCCUCUUUGUAAUCACGUGGGUGUGUGUUUUGUGUGUGUGUGAUGCUCGGGACAGGGGAAGGUCGUGAGCGUGCGUGUGGACUGUCAUCUGUUAAAUUAUGAUCGGUCACCGGAAGCUGCAGAAAGCUACUUAAUUGCGUCAGUGGUCUUUGUUGUUACCCACUCCCCCGGCGGGUCUGUUGUGUGAUGCUGAAGCAAAUAUGUUAGACACAAGCAGGUAGAGACAUCAGCCACGAAACAACGCUUUGAAAAAUAUUUUACUGAAAUGAAAAUGAACGUCGGUUUGAAAGACGCGAAAGGAACGACUGAAUGAUCACUGAAGGAUGAGUGUCCACGAUGUCCAUCCGACUAGUGUGCUGUUAAAAGACAGAAUCAUCGUCGUCCGCAUUCCUCGCUUCGUCAAACCUCUGUGGGUGUUUUGAGACAAACAUUGUAAUAUUAGUAUUUUCAACAACGCCACGAGAGCAGCACUUCGUUCAGCUACUGUGAUCCCGGAAUAACAUGAUUAGUGUCAUUCCAGGACAUCCACGGCUGGUACAUAUUUGUACAGCCGCAGUUACAACUGUAUAUUGUGUGGUGCAAACUGCAGGCAAACUCUCGUUUCUGGAAGCCAUUCCGUUCACGGACCAAGAACACGCAAGUGUCACUCAUCCUCUCACGACCGAUCAUCGCUUUGAUGAUGGAACAUCGUGAAACCCCUGUCAUGACAUACCUAUAUAUCCAGCGUGAUUCCGCAAACGGCGGCAACAUGUGACAGAAAAAAAACUGUCCUUUUGCAUGUUUGUUUGUUUGUGUAUUCCAGAUGGUGCUGUGAACAUGUUAAAAAUGCUAAAGUAUUUGAACAACU